AUGAUUUGUGGUCAUCCUGGCCUCCAGUGCAGUAAUCCUGUUCUCCUAAGUCUCCCACCAUUUAGGUGGAUUAGUCUCAUUCUGACCUUGUUUCACCAAAGUAGCAAGGUCUUCAAUCUGUUUGAAGCUGAUCUCUGUCAUAGAUUCAGUGAUAGAACUUUUUCUGAUAUUGUUGAGGAGUUCACUAAAUUGACUCAGAAGGGGUAUGUGGAAGAGUAUCAAGAGAAGUUUGAGGAGUUGCAACCUCAUAUGCUGUUGCAGAAUCCUACUUUGACAGAGGAAUUUUUUGUGUCACUUUUUAUUAGUGGACUUAGAGAGGAUAUCAAGCAUAAGGUCAAGGCUUUAGAUCCUAAAAAUUUAUCUGAAGCAUCUAAACAGGCCAAGUUGUAUGAACUGUCUGUGGAGUUUCAGAACAGAAGAGUGAGGUCUUCUUUUAAAACCCCACCCUACCCAAAUCCCUUAUAUACAUCUAAAACAAAUACACUGAUAGUCCCUACCAAACCUACUUCAGUACCAAAUCAAAAGCAAAGUCUUAUGGAUUACAGAAGAAUAAAUAAUCUCUGUUUUAGAUGUGGUGAAAAGUAUUUUCCAGGUCAUCAGUGUAAAACCAGGCAAUUGAAUAUGAUUACUGAGGAGAUGGAAACUUCUACAUUGGAAAAUGAUCAUACUGCUACAGAACACUUUCAGCAACAAGAGGAGGAAAAUUUGGAGAUUUUUAUGAAUGCUAUUACGGGCUGCAUUGGCCAUAAUACAUUGAGAAUACAAGGUACUAUUCAAGGUAAACCAUUGAAUAUCCUAAUUGAUAAUGGUAGCACGCAUAGUUUCUUGACUCAUAAAUGGGUUGAUAUUGGCAUACAAAUUAAAACUCCUUAUCCCUUGGCUAUCACUGUGGCUAAUGGUCAACAGUUAUUUAGUUCUGCCCAUUGCAACAAAGUUGAAUGGCAAAUGCAGGGACAUACUUUUUUACAUGAUUUUAGGUUGCUCAAAUUGGGAGGAAGUGACAUGGUCUUGGGAGUUGAUUGGAUGAAGUUAUUCAGUCCAAUAUUAAUGGACUUCAAUAAUAUGACUCUAAGCUUUGACCAUCAAGGAGAGCAAAUUUGUAUUCAGGGACAACAACCCUCAUCUGAACUACAACAAAUAUCAGGAGCUACCUUACUUAAAAUGUCUGCAUGGGAUUCAGAUAUUUUGGGUCAUGUGCAUGUAUUGGAGCGGUAUAGCAUAGUUUUUUCUGAACCUAAAGGCCUACCUCCUCAGAGAUCUCAUGAUCAUGCUAUUUUACUGAAAUCUAAUUCUACAACUGUUAAUUUAAGGCCUUACAGGUUUCCUCAUAAUCAGAAGACUAAGGUGGAAUAUCUUAGUCAUAUUAUUUCUGCUGCAGGGGUGUCUACUGAUCCUAGCAAGAUUGAAGUGAUGCAAUCUUGGCCUAGGCCUAAAACCCUUAAAUCUCUCAGAGGGUUUCUUGGUCUAACAGGUUAUUAUAGGAGAUUUAUCAAAGAUUAUGGCAUUAUUAGCAGGCCAUUGACAAAGAUGCUAAAGAAGAAUGGAUUUCAGUGGAAUUCUGUUGCUUAUGUUGCUUUUGAAGAUCUUAAAAAGGCUAUGUGUACUGCUCCAGUCCUAGCCCUGCCAGAUUUUUCUAAGACAUUUUAUUUGGAAACAGAUGCUAGUUCUGGAGGUGUGGGGGCUGUUUUGUCCCAAGAGGGAAGGCUUAUUGCAUAUUUGAAGCAGAAGUUGACCACUAUCAUUCAAAAGAAAGGGUUGACAAAGUUGUUGGGAUUAGAUUAUACUAUUCAGUACAGGAGAGGGAAGUCAAAUAUAGUUGCUGAUGCUUUAUCUAGAAGAUGGGAGGAUCAAGGCCAAUGUUUGACUAUGGGGGUGACAGUUUUGAUUCCUAGUUGGGUUCAAGAGAUUGAGGACAGUUAUAAGGAGGAUUCUUUAGCUCAAAAUUGGAUAUCAAUUUUGACUAUUAAUCCUGCUGCUGAUAAUAAGUGGAAGUAUACUAAGGUUGUCCUUAGAUAUGAAGGAAGAGUUUAUGUGGGAGCUACUGGAAGUCUUAGAUUACAGAUUAUACAGAAUAUGCAUGAUUCUCCUCAAGGAGGACAUUCAGGUGCACAGGCUACAUAUUAUAGGAUUAGGUCAAAUUUUUAUUGGCCAAAUCUUAAAUCAAUGGUUGCUACUUAUGUACGAUGUUGUGACAUUUGCCAGCAGACUAAAGUAGAACAUAUUGCUAAGCCUGGUUUGCUACAACCCUUACCUGUUCCUACUCAAGCUUGGGAAAUCAUCACUAUGGAUUUCAUUGAGGGUUUACCUACUUCACUAAAGAAAAAUUGUAUUUUAGUGAUUGUGGAUAAAUUCACAAAGUACAGUCAUUUUCUAUCUUUAUCUCAUCCUUACACUGCAGCAGAGGUAGCUAAACUCUACCUAGACAAUAUUUAUAAACUACAUGGCCAGCCUAAAAUGGCCAUUUCUGACAGAGAUAAGACAUUUACUAGUUUGUUUUGGAGGGAAUUGAUGAAACAAUUGGGUACUAAAGCAGUUUUCAGCACUGCUUACCAUCCAGAAAUAUAUGGCCAGACAGAAAGGGUUAAUCAGUGUUUGGAGCAAUAUUUAAGAGGCAUUUGUUUAUAUCAACCUAGAAAAUGGGCUAAAUGGCUACCUCAGGCAGAGUGGUGGUAUAACACCACUCAUCAUACUGCUUUAAAGAUGACUCCAUUUCAAGCAUUAUAUGGAUACAAACCACCUAUUAUGCCCUAUCGGCAGACUUCCCUUACCCUGCGCAGAAAUCUCAAGUUAGCAGCAAAAUACUAUGGACUAUAUAAAAUAAUUGAAAAGAUAGGUGCAGUGGCUUAUAAAUUGCACUUACCAGAGUCAUCGAGACUUCACCCAGUAUUCCAUGUGAGUCUCUUGAAGAAGUUCAUCGAGGAUUCCUCCAAAGCUGUCACAGAUCCUCCUGCAAUAGAAGAUGACGGUCAGUUACGAAUCAAGCCAUUGAAGGUGGUGGGAAGACGUAUCGUGAAUAGAAAUGGUAAACCCAUAACUCAGCUAUUGAUUCGAUGGGAGAACUUGGAUGAAGCGAAUGAUACUUGGGAAGACUAUUCCGUUUUGCAAGGACAAUUUUCUAUGUUUGAUCCUUGGGGACAAGGAUCGUCUCAAGCCGGGGGUAUUGUUAUAGCAGGAGAAGAUGAGGAAGAACGUGGUGUUAGAAUCGAAGGCGGAGAGGAAGAACGAAGGAAUGAAGAAGAUUUGGGAUUAGAAGAACGAGGGUUAGGGAUUGAGGAAAAUAAUUUGGGGAUUGAAAGUAGGGAAGGAAUUGAAGCACGAGGGAGCAAUACCUUGGACUUAGCUGAUGUGUUGGAGAAGACCAAGGGAACAGUAGAGAAGUGUGAGAGGCCCAAUCUGAACGGCCCAAUACCUGCAAAUGAUAUAGAAGGAUAG